GCCGAGGGACUAAGCCGAGAUCAAUGAAGGAAAGAAGAGCGAGCCAGAAGUUAUCGAGCAAGGCGGUGAUGGAUCCCAACCAAAACGUGAAGUGCAAGAUCGUGGUGGUGGGCGACAGCCAGUGCGGGAAGACCGCGCUGCUCCACGUCUUCGCCAAGGACUGCUUCCCCGAGAGCUACGUCCCCACCGUUUUCGAGAACUACACGGCCAGCUUCGAGAUCGACACGCAGCGCAUCGAGCUCAGCCUCUGGGACACUUCGGGGUCUCCUUACUAUGACAAUGUCCGCCCGCUUUCCUAUCCAGAUUCUGAUGCUGUCCUGAUUUGCUUUGACAUCAGUCGGCCAGAAACUCUUGACAGUGUGCUAAAAAAGUGGAAAGGUGAAAUCCAGGAGUUUUGUCCAAACACCAAAAUGCUUCUGGUUGGUUGCAAGUCGGAUCUGCGCACGGAUGUAAGCACACUAGUGGAACUUUCCAAUCACAGGCAGACACCCGUGUCCUAUGAUCAGGGUGCAAAUAUGGCCAAACAGAUUGGAGCAGCUACGUAUAUUGAAUGCUCAGCCUUACAGUCAGAAAACAGUGUCAGAGACAUUUUUCAUGUUGCCACCUUGGCGUGUGUGAAUAAAACAAAUAAAAAUGUUAAACGAAACAAAUCGCAGAGGGCAACAAAGCGAAUUUCACACAUGCCUGGCAGGCCAGAACUUUCCACAGUGGCGACGGACUUGCGAAAGGACAAAGCAAAGAGUUGCACGGUGAUGUGAAGGACCUUGAUUUCCUGGAGAAGGAGGAAGAGAGCGUCCGGGAGGGGUGGAGGCUCAAUGAAGUACGCAGCCACAUGGUAUUUAAUGAGGGCUUAUGCCAGUGCUUUAAUGGAAACUUCACCUGUUUUGUGAGACUG